CAACUAACGAUUCAAUGAUCAAAAACAGCCUGUGGCUAGACUAUCCCUGUGACUACAACAAUGUGAUAUUCAGCAAAUUUUAUAAGUAUUAUAUUCAAGAAUGUUUGGGACCAGAAAUUCCAAUUGUAUUUCUUGUAAAAACGUCGUCCAAUACUAGAAGAGUGAUUUUAGAUACUAGUUAUAAACUCAGAAAGAGAGUUAGGAAGUUUUCAUUGCCUACAAUGAAAUCUUUCUCGGUGGAAAUUGAGUAUGGUUUUAGAGCACAAGUGCGACUGUUUCUUCCAGCCAUUUUGAGAGAAUACGAAGAAGUGACUUUUCCACUUAUCCUUCUUGUCGAUGCCGCCCCCUCUUCUCAAAGCGUCUCCUCCAGAUGGGAGAAAUCGUGGUCAUGGUACUUGUCAAGCACAAGAAACUACAUCGUGGCCCAAAUUGAUGCCAGAGGAUCUGGAUUUCAAGGAGUCAAAAUGAGAAGAGAAAUACAACGUAGGAUAGGGUCGAUCGAGGUACAGGACCAGUUGGCAGUAUUGACGUAUUUGAAAGAUACAUUCAAGUAUAUUGACAAAUCUAAAAUCUGUACAGCAGGAAAAGGUUAUGGAGGUUAUGUUUCGGCGAUGAUGCUUCUUCAAGAUUUCCAUCAAGUCAUCAACUGCUCAGUGAGCAUAUCGCCUAUAACGAACUGGAGAUAUUUCAAUUCCUACUUUGCUGAAAAAUAUCUGGGCUUCCCUUCAAAACACCUCCAAGAAUAUGAAAAUGCUGAUUUAACAUCAAAAGCAGUUAAUUUAAAUAAUCGACAUUUUUUGUUGAUUCACGGAACGGCUGACACGGAAGUAAUACAACAACAUACUUCACUGUUGACAAAGGCAUUGAUAGAUCAAGAUAUUCUCUUCCAACAACUG